AUGAUUACUUCCGUCCUCACUCUGGCCAUGGCUGCCAUCGUCUCUGCUCAUGCAGGCCAUGACCAAGUCCCCAUGACUGGCCCUCACGAGUCUGUCUGGUACAACACUCUCCCUGGUGACGGCGGCAAGCAGGCCGACUCCGUCUUCUCUGGAAUCACCACAUUCGGCCGCCUUCCCUACCGCGAGUGCCUCGGCAACCCGAACAUCGAGUACGAUAUUGCCUUUAUCGGUGCUCCCUUUGACACCGGAACCUCCUACCGUCCCGGUGCUCGUUUUGGACCUUCUGGUAUCCGCCAGGGAUCCCGCCGCCUGAACCUCUACGGCGGAUACAAUGUCCCCCUAGAGACAAACCCUUUCAACAGCUGGGCCAAAGUUCUUGACUGUGGCGAUAUCCCCGUCACCUCGUAUGACAACACGUGGGCUCUCACCCAGAUUGAGGAGGGACACUUCAACAUCCUGGGACGCUCGCCCUCCACUGAUGCCGACAAGCGCGGCCCUGCCAUCAAGGGCAAGACUCUCCCCCGCGUCAUCACUCUCGGUGGUGACCACACCAUCACCCUUCCCCUGCUGAGGUCCGUCAACCGCGCCUACGGUCCCGUCACGGUCAUCCACUUUGACAGCCAUCUCGACACCUGGAAGCCCAAGGUCUUUGGCGGAUCUCCCUCUGAGGUUGCCGCCGUCAACCACGGAACCUAUUUCUACCACGCCGCCAUGGAGGGUCUCCUCGUCAACGACACCAACAUCCACGCCGGCAUCCGCACCACCCUUAGUGGACCCAGCGACUACGACAACGACGGCUACGUCGGCUUCGAGAUCGUCGAGGCUCGUGAGAUUGACACCAUUGGUGUCCAGGGUAUCAUCAAGAAAAUUAUCGAGCGUGUGGGCACCGAGCGCCCCGUAUAUCUCUCUAUCGACAUUGACACCCUUGAUCCUGCCUUUGCUCCUGCUACCGGUACUCCCGAGACUGGUGGCUGGUCUACCCGUGAGCUCCGCACCAUCAUCCGUGGUCUCGAGGACCUCAACUUCAUCGGCGCCGACAUCGUCGAGGUUGCCCCUGCCUAUGACACCAACGCCGAGCACACCACCAUGGCUGCCGCUGACGUUCUCUACGAGGUCAUGAGUAUCAUGGUCAAGAAGGGUCCCCUCAGCAACAUGAUCGGCCAAAAGGGCAACGGCAGUGAGCUGUAA